CGGAACGCUGCGGAGCGCGAACCCGGUCUGGCAACACCUCGUUUCUCCGGCGCUUUUUAAAGCGCAAUCGUCUGUCUAUCAGACGGAUCACACACAAGGGGAGGAAGAGGCGCCCAGAUAUGGAGCUUGUAGCCAAUGUGUUUUCCCAGAGCAUACAGCGAGCAAUAGAAGAGGACGGAAUUCUGUCCUCUCAGCCGGGUCCAGACAAGCUGGGUAACGUCUAUAAUAUGGAUCAGACGGCUAUUUUUAUUGACAUGGGUGCGAGACAAAUGGUCUCAGAGCCUCCGUGUUUCGACGCGCAAGAUAGCGACGCCCACAAGUAUUGA